CAAAGAGUACUCCAGAAGGAUUAAUGAUAUAUUGUGAAGAUCAAGUAAGGUUUCUCAAGGGGUGUGCACUAAGAGAUAUUGAAGACUUUGUGCAACUCCGUUUAAUGUGUUUGGGAAUUUCAUAUUCUCACCCAGUCAUAUCACCCUCCAGGAUAUCAUCACUCCUCUUCUUUUUUAUACCGCAGCUCCUUAAAAGCGGCUCCAGAUUUUCAAGGAAUAUUGGAAAGGUGGAAGCCUGGAAUCUCAUUGGAUGUGACCUCUUUGCUGUAGGCCAAAUUGAGGGGGAAUGUGAAAGAAUGCUAAAUCUCUAUUAUGUGAAGUUUUAUACACGAUCUGAUCUUGCUCUUUGUGUAUAA